AUGACAACAACAACCAUCACUACUACUCCUACUCCUACUACCACUACUACUACUACCACUGCUACUACUACUACUACUACUACUACUACUACUACUACUACUACUACUACUACUACUACUACUACUACUACUACUACUACUACUACUACUACUACUACUACUACUACUACUACUACUACUACUACUACUACUACUACUACUACUACUACUACUACUACUACUACUACUAGUACUCACAUCACUAUUGUCUAUGAAUCAUUCAAUUUCUUUAGAAUUUAG